AUGUGGCCAGAGGCUACCCCCGAAGAAGGGAUGAGGGCUUUGACCUUCGUCCAGCUGAGCUCAGGACGUGGCGUCCUCGCAUUUCGUGGUACGGACUUGGGAAAGGGCCGUAGUGCACAAGCAGAUUCCUGUGCAAAUGCCGAGUUAGCAGGGCAUCCGAGGCCUAAGUAUUGCGAUCAAUUCACGGCCUUCCAGAUCGACUAUCUUUCCCGUGCUCUGGAGUUAGCCCAGAAGGCCGCGCAAGUGCACCCGACGGUGGAGUGGCUGUACACCGGCCAUUCCCUCGGUGCAGAGUUGGCAAGUGUGGUUGGUGCUGUGAGGGGAGCACCUGUGCUUUCCUUUGCUGCUCCGCCAAUCCUGCCUCUGCUCAAGAAGCGCACUUCGGUUGACCCGAAGCAGCUGCCUUACUGGAAGUCUGUCUCUCUUUACAACGAGUUCGACCCGCUCCGAUUCUCCGCAUUCGGAGAGCUUCCGGGAGCAAACUGCAGCUGGCUGAACCAACCGAAAGCGGCGGGGUGUGAUGCGUGCGAACUGCACGGCCCAGUGCGUUGGGGCACGUUGGCCUGCAAAGAGUGUUUCUCUAAGACCCACAUGUUCGGUGCCUACCUUGCUCUUCUUAAGUCAGGGAGCCGCCCUACAUGCAAGGAUCAGGAAGCUCGUGAUGCCCAAACCAUCCUUGUUUGA